AUGACAAUCUCUCCAGGAACGUUUCACGGGCUAGUAAUUCUCUUCGCGCUCGCAACUGCCUUCGCUCUACCGGUAGAGUCACAGCCUACCAUCACGGUUACUACGGAAACCCAGCCAGCCUCACGUUCUUUACUCUUGCUCACGGGAGACUCACACACGGAGCAAGGCGCCUACCCAAACUUAGACGGCUGGGUCUCACUACUCCAAGCUCGAUACACGCGGUCAGCUGAUAUUAUCCUUCGCGGGCUCUCGGGGUACAACGCGAAAUGGUUCCUCAAAUACGUGAUGCCCACGCUCGAAAACGAAAUCGCCACUGGUGCAUACACUACUCCAUCAUUGAUCACAAUUUGGCUCGGCACCAACGAUGCAGUGCUGGUGAAUGGCAGUAACCCCGAGAUGCACGUUCCAAUCGAAGAGUACAAGGACUACUUGAACCAGAUUGUCCGUGGGUUCCAGAGCGCUGCCCCUGAUGCUGAAAUCUUGAUCAUCACUCCACCGCACAUCGACGACGAUGCCAGAGCCAAGUGCGCUGCCGAACGUACCGAUGCGAAACGAGGACUCGUGGAUCGUUCGAACGCAGCAACGGGCGACUACGCCCGCGCUUGUGUAGAGGUCGCCAGCGAGCUCAAAGUGUCUGUGCUAGACUUGUACGAGCAUUUCAACGCCAUGCCAGUAGAGACUCGAAACACCAUGUUGGCAGAUGGCGUUCACUUCAAUGCAGCAGGUUACAAAGAGGUAGACUCGCAGCUCCGCAGCAAGAUCAGUUCGGUUUCCCCCGUUUGA